UCAAUGUGAUCCAUUUGACUGAAUGAAGAAGAAGAGGACUUUCGACUUUCCUAAGCAGACUAGGCUAAACUCUCCAAAUUUGACUGUUGAACGGCAACACCUGUCAAUUUUCAACGCCGGCCAAAGCUGCGAAGAAUUUUACACGUUGCCUUUUUCCCAAUUCUGUCUCUUAGGGACUCAGACACCGAAAGCAAAAUUUGUGUUCUCUAUUUUCCCACUAGUUUUUAUUUAUUUUAUUUGUUUUUUAUUUUUAUUUUUUCCCGUAAUUUCCUGGAAAAUUCCUUUUUUUUUUUUUUUUUUUUAAUCCCCCAAACCCUAGUCGGUUUCAAUCGCUCAAUUGAUUGUUCGAUUUCUCAAUUCAAGAAAUUCGGUUCACAAUUAUGUUCAUCUCCCUAAUCGCUGAUACCGUUGCAGUAGCCACGGCAAAAGGCCUAGGGUUAGCAAUUCGUCGACAAUGCUUGACAUCCGGCCGUCAAAUUUCAAUCUCCGAGCAAUUAUCAACCUUCGCCGGAGGAUUUCUUAAAAUAUCGGCGGUAAUUUUCCCCGUCGACGCACUCGCCCCGCCACCUGUGAAGUCGUAUUCGUAUAGAACCCUUCCUCGUACGCUCCUCCGCAAGAAGAGACGUUCGAAGCGGAAAUUUUUAAGCGGCGAUGACUCCGAGGACGGUGGAGAAGAAGAAGAGGAAGACGGCGGUUUCUUUGGUGGUGACGGUCCGUUUUUCAGUGGAGGAAGCGGCGGAGGAAGAGGAGGCAGUGGCAGGGGUUGGAAUUUCGAUAGGUUUGGUGGGCAUAGUUGGGAUGAGUCGUCUUCUUCUUCGUCUUCCGAUCCGGCUUUCGAUUUCGUUUAUGAGGUGAUAAGCUGGAUAGCGCUUUCGAAUUGCGUGCACUUCGCGUUCAAGAAGGUUAUUCGAAUCGUAGCCGAUGGAAUUGGCGAUGGUGGAAGAGAGAAGGUGGUGGCCACAUAAGAUUGGUGAAUGGUGAUUGGUGCACCAUCUCUUUCUCUCAAUGGUUGAUGAUAUCUAAAUGGGAGCAAAAUUGGGAAUUUAUUCCAUUCUUUCAAUUGGGAAAAUCUAAGUUUUUUUUUCUGGUUGAAAAUUUGUAUAUGUUGUAAAUAUUCUCAUUGUUCCUAUUUAAUUUCGUUGUGUAUAUUAUAUAUAAAGAUGGUGCUUUGGUUCUUUUGAUUUAUAUCAAUAUAAUUUACACUUCUCAGCUGAA